AUGCUAGAGCCGAGCGCCGAGACCGUCGCGCCGAGGGCGACACCACCGCGCCACUACGUGCCGCAAUCGCACCGCAGCCGUGACGCAUUCGUGACGCAAUUCGUGCACGUGUUGCGUUCGCGCCCACACGGUGACGUCGUCGCACAGACGCGCCGCAGCGCCCGUCUCCGGCCGUCCCGCCUAGAGACGUUCCGAUGGUAU